AUGCAGCUGCAGCACCUCAUGGCUCAGCACCCUGGCGCUACUGUUGUGGUUGCUGGUGAUUUUAACUUGUGCAUAAAAAAACGAGAACCUCACUUGGGUGCUCAGCUGACGCAGUUACUGUCAACUUAUGGUUUUCAUCUCGCUAACACGACUUGUGCUACCUAUCGACCUGCCGGCACACUCCUCGAUAUAAUCGCUACCAACCGACCAGAUGCAGUGACUCGUCGAGGCGUCACCAGGUGCCACUAUGGAUCACCUCACGAUUUUACCCGAAUAGUGCUGCGUCACGUGAGUGCUGCAGGUCGGAGGAGAGCCGUUACCGAGGCGCGCCCGAUCUCUCGCAUCGACGACGCCGAGUUCAACUGGUUACUGUCAACCAGCGACUGGUCCGACCUGCAUCGCGCCGCCUCGCCGGACGGCAAGUGGGCUGCGUUUCUCGGGACAUUUACAUCUCUGCUGGACCGCGUGGCGCCCCGCCGGCGCGUGAGACUCCCUCCGCCGGGCGCCCCGCGUAUCACGGACGCGACACGUGACCUGCUGGCGCGGCGGCGCGCGCUGCUCGGUCCCGGUCAGAACCGCGCUGACUACAGGGAUGUAAACCGACUGUGCCGAGCCGCAAUUAGGAGAGACCACGCCGCCUACUACACCGACCAGUUGCGGGAAGCCGGGCCGACGCGAAUGUGGUCGGUGCUGCGGCCAGUCAUUGGGUCGGGGAAGGGUACCGCCGCUGCCCCGCCGGCCUGCACACCGGACGCUCUCAAUGAGUGCUACGUGCGUGUGGGUCCGACAACGGCGGCCAGUGUGCCGGCGCCGCAGACGGCGAUACCGAGUUUACUCCCGCGUGUGAUGUCCUGCGUUUUUCGACUGCACUCUGUCGGUUUAGAUACCCUGUAUAGUAUUGUAAGCUCUAUGAACAAGUCAAGUCACACAGGCUUAGAAGGAGUAAGUGUCGACAUGUUUAGACGAUUUUUUCAUGGUGCAGGACCAGCACUAGUAGAUAUUGUCAACUGUAGUCUUGAGACCGGAAUAGUGCCAGCAACUUGGAAACACGCAUUAGUUACCGCCUUACCAAAAAGCUCAGACAGCCACAAACCGUGUAACACGAGGCCUAUAUCAAUGUUACCAGCCAUUAUGAAGGUCUGCGAACGUGUAGUACAGGGUCAGCUCGCCGAGUAUUUUAACGAUCAUCAUUUAUUUACUGACGCACAGCAUGGCUACCGGCGAAAUCGUUCCACCGAAACCGCCUUAUCUGUGAUAACCGACAAAGUGUACCGUGCGAUGGACAGUGGCGAAAUAUCCAUUUUAGUGUGGCACGGCUGA